UAUCACCAUGGUUACUAACAGUAGUGUCAGCUGGUGCGGUGGUGACGCAAGGGAAGUUAUCCAUAACAGCUCAUUCUCACAGAACGCGUGAGUUGUGAGCAGGUGUCUGUGUGGCGGCGCAGCAACAUGAUCUGGGACUGGUCCACAUGCACGGGGUGACGAGAUCCUACCUGUCUAUUUCUGAGUCGCCCGCCCGGCCCAAGGAGUAUUUUUAACCAUGGGCAGUAGUGGGCAUGAAGAGGGAGAACUGGGGGUAUUUUGGGCAUGGGUAGAGGGAGCCACGAGCAACAUGGCGCUAGCAUUUGAGGGCUUAGUUGAGCAAGUGCGGUCGUGGACGAUAGUUGGGGGCCUCAGUGGCCUGGGCCUGUCCUCUAUCAUGGAUACCCUCAAUACCCUCUUGAUUGGAUGGCUCGUCUUUGUCGUGUUGAUUCUGAUACUCAGUAGCUUCUUCUACGUCAAAUUCGUUCAAACGCUGCAGAGUGAUGGCUUGGGGAAAUCCAGACAAGGCGAAGGACAAGGGGAAACUGAUCAGAUUAGGGCGGCUGUGCAGUCAUCAUCCGAGUCUAAUGCCAGUAAAGAAAUUCCUGUAGCCAGGAAGCCGACGAUUGUUCCCGAUGGCCCACCAGAUCAUGCCUCACCCCCCGUGGCCACAGGAGCUGAUCCAGACGCUGUCAACUGGGCGAAUAAUAUAUUUACGUGGCUAUUCAACAGUGCCGAUGGAGGCCCCACCGUCCGGAAGAUCUUCCUCGACACCCUCAACAGCAACACGGUCAAGACUGCACUUGAG